AUGGCAAAAAAGACUGCGAUCCUUACCGGCGAAGCUUCUUCUCCUCUCCUCUUCCGACAUGUUACACCAGGACCAGGAGAUUCCACCUUGCAGUUCAGGCUUAUCCAUUUAUGGGAUGCUCGCAAGAAUGUGAAAGGAGGACCAGCCAUCAUUCUUGGGAUCGAGCUGCUUAUGAUCGAUGCGGAGGGUACUGUGGCUCAGGGGUUCAUCGGUCAGAACCGUCGCAACCAAUAUGAAAAAGAGCUCCAGCGUGGGAGGAUAUACACACUGACAAACUUCUAUGCUUCCAACAGCAAGGUGAUGUACCAUGUUGCUGAUCAGAGGCUGGUGAUUUGCAUCUCACACGCCUCGGACCUGUCGAAGUUUGAUGACAACAUUGAAGGCAUUUUGACAGAGCGCUUCAGAAUCCAUUCCUUUUCAGAUUUUGAAGCCAACUGCGAUCUCAGAGGAGAUCUUCACGAUGUUGUUGGCCACCUUAAUCUGGUUGAAGGCCAGACUCUCCAUCAGCAUCCGGUGUUGUGCACCAAGGAUGACUUGACUUCUCGGAAAGUUAUGGUUCAUCUGCAGCUUAAAGAUGGUACAGUGAUUAACGUCUAUCUGUGGGACGAGGCUGCUGAAAAUUUCCGCAUGAAGUUUGACGCAUGUGCAGUGACUCCGACGGUUCUAUUGGUCACAACGGUCAAUCCUAAAAGACUCGGAGGGAAAUUAUGCCUAAGUUCAAUGUCCUCAUCAAGAGUGUUUUUGGACGAAGAGGUUGAUCCCACCAAGGAAUACUUGACCUGGUUGAGCACGAACUCUUCUGCAACUUCUUCGGUCAACCCUGUUGAGGUGGUUAAAUCUGAGACGCUCACAAUAAGUGAGAUUGCUGCCUUCAUCAAGCGUCAGCCUGCUAAGAUUGCCUACUUUGACUGCAUUGCCACCAUUGAUGAUGUCAAGCUUGGCACUGAGUGGUAUUACAUCGCUUGCAAGGACUGCCAGACAAAGUUAAACCGUGGGCCGACAACAAUGCUUUGUCCAAAAUGCGGCAAUGAAAAUUCUACUGCAGUAGCCAACUACCGCGUAGAAUUGUCUGUCUAUGAUAAUGAGGAGCAGUGCACUUUCAUCAUUCUCAGAGAUGCUGGUAAAGAUCUCAUUGGCAGAAAAGCAACAGAGUUGAUCGACACUUAUGUUGAGGAAAAUGGUGGAGAUGGGGCUGAGCUUGAGAUUCCACUGCCACAAUGUUUUAUCGACACAAUAGGACAGACAAAGAAAUUCAGGAUCAAGGUGGCUCACUACAACUUCACAUCUACCCGCCUAUCCUUGACAGCUACCAAAAUUGUCUCAUCAGCAGUUUUGCCACCAAAGAAUCCUCCACUCAAGACGCCACCAAGAAGUGAAGUGGAAAUGUCCGAGUUAGCUGAGAGCAGUAGUGGUGGUACUUCAGCCAGUGACGACAAGAAGAAAGCAAAGCGUGCCAAGCUUAGUGGCUAGAUCACAUGCAGUAUAGUCACUCCAUCAGUGGCUGGUACAGACUGCCCAAUCAUAAUGCUUCUCCAAUAACAGUCUUCUUAUCUCUUUUUAAUCAGUUUGCUUUCUUCUUCUUGCAAAGACAAUUUAUUAUUUGAAAAAUCUUAUGGUUUUGUUUUCUUAUUAAAGUUGUUUGGUUUUCAUUCUUAUCUUGGUUAUGAAACUAUGAUAAUUUAUGCCUACCUGUUCAUUGUCACUACUAUACUCAUGCAUAUAUGAAGGAUAUCAAACGGGCCAUGCGUUUAGUUUAUGUAAUUAUCCAAGUGAUUAAUUUGUCCUAUUGGUUGGAGUCAGUGAUGGAGAAAAACCAAAUUUCACAAUUCAUGUUUGUUAUGUAUAUGAAUCUGAUCAUUGUAUAUGUAGUGGAACAUGAAAAAAAAAAUGGCAAAUGGACUACGUACUUAAGAAUUCACAUUGUUAUAAAUCCAAUGCAUGCAUGGAUUUGUUAAGUCCAGCUGUUAAUGGCAAAAGAUAUUCAUGCCAAAAAUUGAAGAAAAUAUAUUCAACCAUUAAUACAAAUAACAAGAGAUAUGGAAACAAAACAAUACGUAUUCCAAAAGAGAUUUGGUCUCUGACUCGAAG